GACCCAGCAGCCUGCUCCUGCCUGUGGCGCUGAGUGGGUCGGGCCGGCGAGCGGAGCCCGCGCCGCGCGGGGACCAUGGGGCCGCGGCGCCUGCUGCUCCUCGCUGCCGGCCUCCUCCUGUGCCACCCGCCGCUGGCCAGCGCCCGGGCCCGCGCGCCAGAGUCCAGAGCCACAAAUCCCACCGUCAAACCACGGUCGUUCGUUCUCAGGAAUGCCAAUGAGGUAUUCGAGCAGUUCCCUAUGGAGGAUGAGGGGGAGAGAAACGAAAGCACGUGGACGGAAACCGGGAACGUGUCCUCCGACUGGAGCAGCCCCCUCCGGAAGCUGCCCCCUGCCUUCAUCUCGGACGCCGCCGCGGGCUACCUGACCGGGCCCUGGCUGACGCGCGUGGUGCCCGCCGUCUACACCAUCGUGGUGCUCGUGAGCCUCCCGCUGAACCUCCUGGCCAUCGCCGUGUUCAUCCUGAGGAUGAAGGUGAAGAAGCCGGCGGUGGUCUACAUGUUGCACCUGGCCACGGCCGACGUGCUUUUCGUGUCCGUGCUGCCCUUUAAGAUCAGUUAUUACUUUUCUGGCAGCGACUGGAAGUUCGGCUCCGAGAUGUGUCGCUUCACCACGGCGGCCUUUUACUGUAACAUGUACGCGUCCAUCAUGCUCAUGACGGCCAUCAGUGUGGACCGCUUCCUGGCCGUGGUGUACCCGAUCCAGGCCCUGUCCUGGCGCACCCUGGGGAGGGCCUCCCUCACCAGCCUGGCCAUCUGGGCUCUGGCCAUCGCCGGCGUGCUGCCGCUGCUCCUCAGAGAACAGACCGCCCAGGUCCCGGGGCUCAACAUCACCACCUGCCACGACGUACUCAACGAGACGCUGCUCGAGGGCUUUUACGCCUACUACUUCUCAGCCUUCUCUGCCAUCUUCUUUUUCGUGCCUCUGGUCAUCUCCUCCGUUUGCUACGUGUCCAUCAUCCGAUGUCUCAGCUCUUCCACUGUCGCCAGCCAGAGCAACAAGUCUCGAGCUGUGUUCCUGUCGGCAGCCGUCUUCUGCGUCUUCCUCAUCUGCUUUGGGCCCACGAACGUCCUUCUGAUCAUGCAUUACCUGUUCCUGUCCCACAGCCGGGCCACCGAGGCUGCCUACUUCGCUUACCUCCUCUGUGUCUGCAUCAGCAGCGUGAGCUGUUGCAUCGACCCCCUGAUCUACUAUUACGCCUCCUCCGAGUGCCAGCGCCACCUCUACGGUAUCCUGUGUUGCAAAGAAAAUGUGGAUCCCAACAGCUACAACAGCAGCGGGCAGUUGAUGGCAAGUAAAAUGGACACCAGCUCGACCAACAUGAAUAAUAGUAUCUACAAAAAGCUGUUAGCUUAGCACAAGUGACUGCUGGUCAGGUCAAAAGAAAGGUGAAAAAAGUGAAAAGCUCAGGAAUUCUGUUAGUCCCUGGCAAAAGGACUUCACCUAAAAUAACAAAUGUAUGAUUUGCAUGCCUGCUUAGGAGAGCAUAAAUAUUGGUUAAUGACCAGAAGUAACAGGAAUGGAAGAUAGUGUUAUUCCAAGGGAGUAAUACCAAUGCUACAAUAAUGAAUGUCACUCUCAUGUGUGUGUGUGUGUGUAU